UCCCUUGCCGGACUCAACUCUCCAAGGUUGGCGGCUCCUUGAAGCCUUUGGACGCGUGGGGUUUGAUAUUUUUGCUAUUUCUUCUAUCGUUCAUUUCUUUUAGCGAUUGGCGUCCCCGUUUGGCUUCGUCUAGUUUUCUUCGGCAGCCGGAACUCUUCUGGAUUCCCCUCGCUACCGGAAUCCCCUUCGAAUUCCGUGUUAUCUUCUCUCUCCCCCGUCCAUGGCCGAUCUCCUUUGAGGGAGGAGCUCUCGAUCUUCGAAUAGCGUCGCGGCCCGAUGGCGGAGACCAAGAAGCUCUACCCCGUGAUCGAGAGCGAUGAGCCUGGGGCGUCGGAGAUCGACGGGUUUCUUGAGCCGUCGGAAGCGACGGAGUCUAGGGUUUCUGUUCUUCCUGGACGAGGGUUGGAGAAUCCCCCUUCGUCCCCCCAGAUUCCUGGUUCAAUGGAGCAUGGCAACAGUAAUUUGCCUCCAAUGUGCGACAAACCCCAGAGUCCAGAACUGGUUCAAGAUUCUAAUUGUAGUACUGAUGCUACUAGAGAUCCUGUAGACCAGAAAUCAGGCAAAUACUUCUAUUAUGAGUCCCCACUUUAUGAAGAAACUGGCAUUUGGAUACCUGUUUCUGUCCCACCCAUGUCAGAAAGUGACCAUGAGGAAUGGCAUAGGGGUUUCAGUUCCAACGGUGGAUACUUCCCUGAAGGGGAAAUCAGUUGGGACCAGUUUAUCACAGAAGACAAGGAGAUGACCUUGUGGGAUGUGGUUUCGGAGAUGCUUCUUGUGGCCCAGGGCAAACUGAGAACACUCAACCCAGGUGAGCUACAGAAUUGCAGGAUGUCUUGGUUAUCAACGCACCUCCUUGAAGAUGCUUGGAAAGAAAUGGCCCACACUCUCACAGAGGCCAAUUUUGGGAGUGCACAGGAACUUCUUGAAAGAGAACCUCCUAAGUGGUUGGCUGACAGUGUUGCAACCGCAUGCAUGCUUUGUAACAUACGUUUUCAUCCGAUCAUGUGUUCUCGGCAUCAUUGCCGGUUUUGUGGUGGGAUAUUUUGCAGUGAAUGUUCAAAAGGCAGGAGCUUGUUGCCUCCAAAGUUUAGAACUGCAGAACCCCAACGUGUCUGUGAUGUCUGUUGUGUCCGGCUAGAGUCUGUUCAGCCUUACUUAAUGGAUCAGGUGAGUCGUGCUUCACAGCUUCCAACCCAUGACUUGACAGAUCUCAGCACACUGAGAUCGUGGUUAAAUUUCCCAUGGGGGCGUACAAUGGAGUAUGAGAUUUACAAGGCAGCUAAUACAAUUCGUGGCUAUAGCAAGGUGGGUUCACUGAGGCCUGAGAAGUCCAUCCCAGAUGCUAUUCUAAAUCAAGCAAAAGGCCUUGCAAUACUUACUAUCGUAAAGGUUGGAUUAAUGGUCACUUACAAGAUUGGGACUGGGCUGGUCAUUGCUCGAAGAGAGGAUGGUUCCUGGUCUCCUCCCUCUGCUAUUUCUUCAUUUGGUGUUGGAUGGGGAGCUCAGGCAGGGGGGGAGUUAACUGACUUCAUAAUUGUGCUGAGGACCAAAGAUGCUGUUAAAACCUUUAGUGGAAAUACACAUUUGUCAGUAGGGGCUGGCAUCAGUGCAGCUGCUGGCAUUGUUGGACGGACAGCUGAGGCUGAUUUACGUGCAGGUGAUGGUGGUUAUGCUGCAUGCUACACGUACAGCUGCAGUAAGGGUGCAAAAAUGGGGCUGUUUAGUUAUAGUUUAUUUUGAAUACCUAAAACUUCUUGUCAAGAAAAAUUAAUGAGCUUGUAAAAGAAGUCAUUCAGGAAAUUUCUGAAGAUCGAGAUGGGAUCAAGCAUGACAAAAGCUCAGUCAUGGUAAUUUGGCUGUGAUUUGGUGGGACUCAGAUGUAUUCACCAAAGAUAGGGGGAACUGAUGACUUAUGUAAUUUUGACAGCCAGAUCAAGUUCUGUGCAAGAGCGUACACGAGCAUUUGUAGCAGUAGUAUCAUGAACAUUGGUUCACAGAGCAGAUUUAUCAGCUUGUUUAAACAUGGAGAAGUAAUCAAAGCAGUCUUGCACUGGGGGAUUUAUGGUGCAUCAUAAUUGAAGAAACUUAAUGCUUGUAAUUUUCUUCUUCUUUGGGGUGUGAAGGGUUGUCAAAACAUUUUGUAGGAUUAUAUUUGUCCUAUGACUAGUAGUUGAAUAGGACUGCUAAUGGGCCUAAGCCCGACUUAAA